CAUUUCACACCGGAGCCAGCCACCACAAAUGAAGCUGCUGCAGUUGCUAAGAAAUAAAUAGGGAAAAUAGCGAAAAGAUAUUUGUUAAGUCGGAACUCCUUCGCCCUCUCCUGCCCAAAAGACAUAGCCUAUCUUCCCACCUCCAACGCUCUCUCCCCUCCACCCCCUCCCAACGCUCGAGACCUUCUCAUUUCCUUCUUUUUCUCCUCAUCCAAACACACCUGAAAGAAUUUCACUUUACAUCGCAUCCCCAACAUAUCUUCAGAAUCAGACACACGCAUACUUAGCGAGAGAGACAGGAGCCAAGGAAGCAAAGAAGAUCAGACCUUUUUGGUUCCUAACCAGGGGCAUGGCCUGGAGGCGCCUAAUCACGCAGGCUUCAAGGCAUCAAUCACAUUUCGGACAGUACAAAAGUUUGUUUGUCAGAACAUACUUUCCUGUUAACAAGCAUGGAUACGAUGCAGGGAGUGGGCUUUCAAAUGCUGAAAGGAGGUUUCGAUCAAGCUAUGUUGGCAAUUUAGCUCGCAGUGUGCGUGAUGCAGGUGAAGCUAGUGAAGUUGCACAUCUUAAAGAACUUUACCACCAAAAUGAUCCUGAAGCUGUAAUAAGACUAUUUGAAAGUCAACCAUCAUUGCAUAAUAACACUUCUGCACUUUCUGAAUAUAUAAAGGCAUUAGUGAGAGUUGACAGGCUUGAUGAGAGUGAGUUACUCAAGACCUUGCAGAGAGGCGUUGCUAAUUCUGCAAGGCGGGAAGAAAGCAUAGGAAGUGUUUCUGCUUUAAAGAAUGUGGGAAAACCUAUAAAAGAUGGUAUUCUUGGAACUGCUAGUGCACCUAUUCAUAUGGUGGCUACAGAAGGAGGGCAUUUUAAAGAGCAGCUCUGGCGUACUGUUCGUACUAUUGCCCUGGCCUUUCUGUUGAUUUCUGGUGCAGGGGCACUUAUUGAGGACAGAGGAAUCAGUAAAGGACUUGGUCUACAUGAGGAGGUGCAACCUAGCAUGGAAUCUAAUACCAAAUUUAGUGAUGUAAAGGGUGUUGAUGAGGCAAAGGCAGAGCUAGAAGAAAUUGUCCAUUAUCUUCGAGAUCCAAAGCGCUUCACUCGUUUAGGUGGUAAGCUCCCAAAAGGUGUUCUUCUUGUUGGCCCACCUGGCACUGGCAAGACUAUGUUAGCUAGAGCUAUUGCUGGUGAAGCUGGGGUUCCUUUCUUCUCAUGCAGUGGGAGUGAGUUUGAGGAGAUGUUUGUUGGAGUUGGGGCCCGGAGGGUGAGGGAUCUUUUUUCUGCGGCAAAGAAACGGUCACCCUGUAUAAUAUUUAUUGAUGAGAUAGAUGCUAUAGGGAGCAGCCGUAACCCAAAGGAUCAGCAGUACAUGAAGAUGACUUUGAACCAAUUACUUGUUGAAUUGGAUGGCUUUAAGCAAAAUGAAGGCAUUAUUGUAAUUGCAGCUACAAAUUUUCCAGAAUCACUGGACAAGGCCCUGGUGAGACCUGGACGGUUUGAUCGCCACAUAGUUGUUCCUAAUCCAGAUGUAGAAGGAAGGCGACAGAUUAUGGAAUCCCACAUGUCAAAGGUUUUGAAGGCAGAUGAUGUUGAUUUGAUGAUCAUUGCUAGAGGGACUCCUGGGUUCUCAGGUGCUGAUCUUGCUAACUUGGUCAAUAUUGCUGCUCUCAAGGCUGCAAUGGAUGGUGCUAAAGCAGUCACAAUGGCUGAUCUAGAGUAUGCAAAGGAUAAGAUAAUGAUGGGAAGUGAACGCAAGUCGGCUGUGAUUUCUGACGAGUCACGAAGGCUAACAGCUUUUCACGAGGGUGGGCAUGCCCUUGUGGCCAUUCAUACUGAUGGAGCUCUACCAGUUCACAAGGCAACAAUAGUUCCUAGAGGUACGUCCCUUGGCAUGGUUGCCCAAUUGCCUGACAAGGAUGAGACGAGUAUAUCCCGCAAGCAGAUGCUCGCGCGGCUCGAUGUGUGCAUGGGAGGGAGAGUUGCAGAGGAGCUAAUUUUUGGAGAAAACGAAGUCACCUCAGGGGCAUCUUCUGAUCUACAACAAGCGACUAAUCUUGCAAGAGCAAUGAUUAGCAAGUAUGGCAUGAGUAAAGAGGUUGGGUUUGUCGCCCAUGAUUAUGAUGACAAUGGAAACAGCAUGAGCACCGAGACUAGACUUCUCAUUGAGAAAGAAGUGAAGAAUUUCCUAGAAAGGGCUUACAACAAUGCAAAAACCAUCCUCACCACCCAUAGCAUGGAGCAUCAUGCGCUUGCUAAUGCGUUGCUUGAGCAUGAAACACUGACAGGAAGUCAAAUCAAGGCUCUACUUGUGCAAGUGAAUUCACAGCAACUACAACAGCAGCAAUAUCAGCAGACACUUGCACCGCAAUCUAACCCAGUCCCUCCUCCGUCUACUCCAAAUCCAGCUGCAUCUGCUGCCGCUGCAGCAGCUGCAGCGGCUGCUGCAGCAACUGCAGCUGCCAAAGCUAAGAGCAUUGCUUCUGUUUGAUCUUGGCAAAUAGAGAUGUAAAUGAACAGAGCCGAGCGUACUUUGAAGAGAUCAAAUUUGGUUCGAUAAAA